CUCUCCACAGGAAAAGCUAGAGACAGAAUGCGCAGCCCCUUCACAGCAGCUCUGGUGCGUCGUGGCGUCCAAAUGGGAUCCUGCUACACUUUGAUAGUUGGUUAAUUACUCAUAUGAUACCACACAGAUGUCUGGGGGGCUCUAGCCGAAUAUUCGUCUCACUAACUCACUGACUGACUGACUGACGGGAUCCUGGGGAAGGCAGACAUUUAAGGAGCGCUGUGCUAAAUAGCCGUAAUCAGGCUCUUAUCACCUCAUCUGGAAAUCAAAGAGCGAACUGCGUUCUGCAAUGGGCAUUAUGACGCUACGAUUGUUUUUGCUAAUGGCCGUCCUGGUCACGGUUGGAACAUGUCACAUUAAUGGAACAGAGGAAGUCCUUCAAAACUUUACUACAUCCAAAAUCAAUGUGCAUAAAGGUUUCCAGCCCACAACCAGAAAAGCCCUGCUGGAUAACAAUACCAGACUGAAGGGGCCUCCAGCCUGCAAGGACCCCACUUCCAUCAAGCACUAUGUUAAGUAUAUUAACACAAUUAUUUCCUGUGCUGUGUUUGUGGUGGGAAUGGUGGGUAAUGCCACCUUGCUGAGGAUUAUUUACCAAAACAAGUGUAUGAGGAAUGGACCCAAUGCCCUCAUCGCCAGCCUGGCUCUUGGAGACCUCCUCUACAUCACCAUUGACAUCCCUAUCAAUGUCUACAAGCUACUUCUCACAAAAUGGCCAUUUGAUGACAACUCUUUUGGACUCUUCCUGUGUAAACUGGUGCCUUUCCUCCAGAAAGCAUCUGUUGGGAUUACAGUACUCAAUCUGUGUGCUUUGAGUGUGGACAGGUACAGGGCUGUAGCGUCCUGGAGCAGAGUGCAGGGGGUCGGCAUUCCCCUCUUCACUGCCAUUGAGAUCUUCUCCAUCUGGGUCAUGUCCAUCAUCUUGGCUGUGCCAGAGGCAGUGGUCUUCAACAUGGUCACCUUUACCUACAAGAACCAAACCUACCGCACUUGCAUGCUCAAGCCUGAAACUGACUUCACGAUGUUUUAUGUAAAUUGGAAAGACUGGUGGUUAUUUAGCUUUUACUUCUGUGUGCCACUGGCCUGCACAGCUAUUUUCUACACCCUCAUGACAUGUGAAAUGCUCAACCGCAGAAAUGGAAGCCUUCGGAUAGUUCUCAGCGAACACCUUAAACAGCGGCGUGAAGUGGCUAAAGCAGUCUUCUGUUUAGUGCUGAUCUUUGCUCUUUGCUGGUUCCCUCUUCAUCUCAGUAGACUGUUGAAGAAAAUGGUUUAUGCUCCAAAUGAUGAAAGACGUUGUGGCCUACUAAACUUCCUGUUGAUCAUGGAUUAUCUUGGCAUUAACUUGGCCACUGUGAACUCCUGCAUCAACCCCAUCAUCCUCUAUUUUGUGAGCAAGAAGUUCAAGAAUUGCUUUAAGUCAUGCUUGUGCUGUUGGUGUUACACCAAGAACCAGGUGUCCAGCUCAGGCCCAAUGAACGGCACUAGCAUUCAGUGCAAAAACCAUGAGCCCGGCAACCUCAAUACCGACAGAAGCCUCCGCAAAUACAGCGACUGAGAGGUGAAAGACUCACUACAGUCAGCCUACAUGCUUAAAACGCAUUAUAGAAGCGGACAUCAUCCAGUGUCAAACUUUGAGGUGGAAAACAUUGUAACAAUUCAUAUUCAUCCUGUGCUCUGCGCAGUAUCAGACUGUUUUUAUAUAUAGCAUCAGACCAGACAAUGGACCUGAUAUAUUUAAAGACUCCCGUAGACCUACAGCAGCUGCUCCCAGACUUUCAGAGGGUUGUUUUGAAGUGAGCUGUGUGAGAAGUGGUGGGAGUGAAGACCAACAGCAACAGGAUGCAGCUGAACCUAACAGCUACAAAUUAACCCUCAUCAGGAGCUUGACAUGUUUUCCUUAUGAAAACUCUUAAAUAUGAAGCUCUGGAUCGUCACUGUCCGACGUGAAAGGAACUUACCGAAAGGAAGAGUGAAGUGGUCAAUCUGUGUUUUCUGUGUUCCUACCCACGAGCUUUGCCAAAGAAACUCCCAGCAUGUCUUU